CUUGGGAAGAUGCCCAAUAUCCAUCACGGUACUCGUGGGGGCAACAAGGACGAAUGACCAUGGAUUUUGGCAAAGUUGAGCCAUUCGAAUUUGAAGAGGACUGCGCUCUUGCCCUUGGCAAUUGACGUCCACCAGCUCCUUCCGCUGCAAAUCUGUUCAGGGCAUCUCCACCACGACCAAACACUUCCGAAGCGUAUCCACAGCACUCCCCAGACAAGAGUCCCGAGGGAGCGGGUGAUGGCCAUAAGAGAUCUCUCCUCGCCACAUGACUUUGAGACAUGAGAUCGACGAACUUCUUCACGACCAGCGCCAUUCCCGCUGCCAGACUAUUGUACCGUACAGUACAGCUGGUCUCUGUCGGUCCCAAGCCGCUGUUCAGGUGAAGCAGUUGCCCUCUUAGAAGCCGGCUAGCUUCCACACCACCACCGUUCGACGACCACGGUCAACAACGCAAGCCAUGACUCUUGCACCACGCCACAUACAGGACUGGUCUACAGCAGCUUUUUUGGAGCCCCAUUGGGGCUACGCGGACCGUGUGAUACCAUGCACCAACGACAGAGGAUCAUGCGAGUACCUCGACGUCGUCUACUCGGCCCACGACCAGGGCAUGAUCUAUUCGGGCAUAUUCUGGCUGACCAUCGGCGGCGUCCUUCUGGUCUGGGCCCUCGGUCGUCGAAUCUUCCCGGCUCGCGAGCCCGUUGACGACCUGAUCGCCCAGCUCUCGCAACAACACCAAAAUCAACCCUCACCCUCUCUCGAAUCUCAACUUCGCCCACCCCCUAAAUCAACACUCACUCGUGCCUGGACAACCCUCCGCAUUGCCCUCCGAUCCUACCUCCUCCCGACAACCCCCCUACGCCCUCUCUUCGGCACUGCCACCCGCCUGCAACUCGUCAUCCUCUGCUUUCUCAUCGCCUACCUUACCUUGUGGUCCUUCCUCGGCAUGACCUAUGCAAAAUGGGUCACCCCUGUCAAGAACCAGCCGAACACGUACAACACACGCACCACGUUAGGGCCAUGGGCCGACCGCAUCGGCGUCCUUGCCUACGCGCUCACCCCGCUAAGCGUCCUCCUCGCGUCGAGGGAGAACAUACUCAGCUUGUUGACCGGCAUCCCAUACACCAGCUUCAUGUUCUUGCACCGCUGGACGGGCUACAUCAUCCUUAUCCAGUCGCUGCUGCAUACAUUGGGCUGGACACUUGUUGAGGCUUGGCUCUAUCAGCCACAGCCGGCGGUGUGGAAUGCGUGGGUUGGGCAGUUGUAUGCCAUCUGGGGCUUCGUGGCGCUGGGGCUGUUGCUGUUGUUGUGGGUGCUGACCUGGGGAGUGGUGACCCGCUUGACGGGCUAUGAAUUCUUUCGGAAAGCGCAUUACGUGCUUGCAAUGGUCUACAUUGGCGCGCUCAUCGGACAUUGGGGGCAACUGCAGUGUUUCCUCGUUCCGGGGAUUCUGCUCUGGGGUUUAGACCGGUUUAUGAGGCUGGUGAGGAUGGGAAUGCUACACUCGGGAUACUCUAUGGAGACCGGGGGUUGGGGAUUCAGGGCCCUUCAAGCGGACGCCAAGAUCUGGAAGGACGCGGAGUUCGGGGAUGUAGUGAGGUUGGAUUUUGCGCAUGUGCAGAAGCCAUGGAAGAUUGGGCAGCACUUCUUUUUGUGCUUUCCGGAGUCGAGUAUCUGGCAGAGCCAUCCGUUUACGCCACUCUCGCUGCCGAUUGCCGACGGGACAGGGAGGGUCCGUCAUUCUUACGUGUUCAGGGCCAAGGGCGGCGAGUCGAAGAAGGUUGCCAGUCUGCUGGCAAAGAAGCUCGCCGAGUCAACAGCCCCUACAACACCCCUAGUGAUCCAGGGCCCUUACGGGGAGAACGUGGUCGAAGGCCUGACGCAGGACAAGAAUGUCCUGUGUGUUGCGGGUGGUAGCGGGAUCACCUUCGUUCUCCCAAUCUUGCUGCGUUUAGCCAGAGAGAAGCCGGCCCCGGGACGGAAGAUCGAGCUGGUAUGGGCGGUCAAGCGGAAGCAAGACCUGCAAUGGGUCGAGCCCGAGAUGGAACAACUGCGCAGACUUGGUGCUCCCCACGGACUGCGAGUCCGGACCUUUGUUACUGCCGAGACGGUAGCCGUAGCCUCGGAGCGGGUCAAGGUUACGGGCGAGAAGGGCAAGACCGAGUCGGAAGACGAAAGCGACUCCGUUCAGGAGGCCUCGGUUGGGAGUGGCAACGACCACAGGCCGGAUGUAACGGCGGUUGUGAACGACUUCGUCAGCAGUGUGGCACACGGCUCAACGCGCGUCUUUGGCAGCGGCCCCCCGGGCAUGGUGGUGGAUUUGAGAGCCGCUGUGGCUGGUUGCAACGUUGCCAGCAGGGUCUGGAAGGGAGAAGAGCGGUUUGAUGUGCGUCUUGUUUGCGAUGAUCGGCUGGAAUAGAUACCCCCCUUGUUCAAAUUGAGUCUUGCCUUAGCUUCGAAGCGCCUCGAUUCUGCAAGCAAUGUUGCUCCAAUCCAGCCCUGAUUUGUUCGCACAUGUGGCACAUGGCGGGACACUGGACAUGGAUGGGAUUAAGGAAAUCAAGGAAGGUAAGAAAACAAGGAAAAGAGAAAAGAAGAGAAAGAAAAAAAAAUAUAAAGAUAAAAGUAGGAGAAGAGGAAAUAUAAA